GAAAGCUGGCUGCUUUGAUUUUUCUGUCUACAGUGUGCCUUGUUAACACUGCAGCUUCUUCUCGUCUGAUCACCUCAACAGAAGUCAAAGUUGGUGAGACUGUGACUUUUAACUGUCCAGUCGCUGGAGAUGAAAGCAGAUUUGUCCAGUGGUUUAAGCAGUCUCCUGGAAAAAUAAUUGAAGUAGUCGCUACAGGGUCCUAUUCUAAAGUAAAACUUUCUGGACCAUUUAAUAACCAACGUUUUCAAGUCAAAGAAUCAGAGGAUCAGAUGUUUCUGACUAUCAGUUCAGUAACCAAAGAGGAUGAAGCUGAAUACUUUUGUCAAGCUGGAGGGGAAUAUUUGCAAGUUUUUAAAGCUGGAUUCCUGCUGACUGUAAAAGAUUGUGAUGAGCAGCCAGCUGUCUAUGUGAGACAAACUCCAGGUUUAGCAGCAGCACAGCUGGGAGAGUCUGUGAGCUUCCAGUGUUUGAUGAUCUCCAAGGAUGAAGAAAAUAACAUCACAUGUCCAGGAAAUCAGGAUGUUCACUGGUUCAGAACUGCAUCAGGAACAUCCCAGCCUGGUGUUAUUUUUACUCCAACAGAUCUAAACAAUCAAACUGCUGGAAAAAGUUGUUUCUAUCAUUUCACCAAAACUUUGAAUGACUCGUCUGAUGCUGGAAUCUACUACUGUGCUCUGGCAAUGUGUGGAGAAAUACUGUUUGGAAAUGGAACCAGAGUGGAGACGAGAGCCAAACUGGAUCCACUUGUUCCUGUGCUGGGAGGACUGUUGGCCUGCUGCGUGACUGUUUGUGUCCUCCUACUUACUUAUUUAUGCAGACGAAGAACUUCUGGACAUCAAAAAGAAAGAACCUUCAGUUCAGCAGACCAACAGACAAAUGCAGAUCAGACUUCUUUCCAGGGUGAAGAAGAGCAGCCAAAGAUGUAUGCAAUGAUUGACUUUACCAUGAAAAGAGCAGAACCAGGGAGGAAUCAAGAGAGCAGAGAGUCUUCAGGCUGUUUGUACACAGCAGUACGAGCAGCUUCUUAAAACCGUUGGCUUCAGUCAAAGCGGGACCUAAAUCUGUGGAUAUUUGUGAAUUAUAAACAACUGUCUAUUGAAAAUAGUUGUUUUAUGGACAUUUGUUAUUUUACAGUUUAUUAAAGAACCACAUUCACAAAUAUCAUGAGCUUUGUUUUAUUUUUAUUUAUUUUACUUCUCAGAUAGAAUUUCCAUUAGUUAAUGUUUAAAAUUAAAGACUUAUGUUGUAUAAAGCUCUACAAUGUAGAAAAUGACGACGCAACUUUGAGUAUGUUUAUCAACAUUUCUUUAUCGAAUAACAAACUUGAUCACUGAACGGACUUGAGUCUGAAGAGAAUUUGACUAGUCAUUUUAUAAUCUACACAACAGAGGGGGGCCACAGCCCACAGUGGUAGGGGGAGCACACAAAUGUGUCAGACAAACUCCUUGGGACAUCCUGAUGAGCUUUAUCCGUUACAACAGGAAGGGUAAGGGGUCAUCUUCAUGCCACAGAGCUGGGCUCAAACACCAAACUCUGCACCUUAGCAGAAACAGGUCAUCUUUGGGUUAAGUACAGAACAUUUCCACCGCAGUUGAGUCUCCUGAAAGUACCCGCUCAUAACCUUCUGUAAAGGGGUUGUGUUCCCAUAAAGAGGUCUAUGACACAAUUACAAGGAGGCAAAGACUUGGCUAAAGCAUUAGUGAACACGAGGUUCAGGUUAUGAUAUUCUGGAGGUACUUUACAGACAUUAACCCUUCUUGAGCCACUCAAAGACAACUGUGCGGACUGAAAGGCAGAAAUUCCUAAAUUCUUCACUCAA